CCCAGGUGGCAUGUGGUGACAGGUGCAUCUGAACACGCCUGUUGUCGCAAGCAAACAGACCCCCCCUGCAUAGCGAAAGGUCAAGGUCAACAAUGGGACUGUUCCGCCCACAUGAGACCCUCAAAGCUCGGCCGUGCGGCUCACGGGGCUUCAGAGGAUCCUGAUGUACGUCGUGGAAUAAGGGCUGUUUGUACACAUCAUCAGGAAGGGCUCUCCAGCAGAGGGCGGCGUAAGACCAAGCGCAACUCCCAUCCCUUCAGGUCCUCGAACAGUCUGUGCUGUCAGGAUUACACCUGUGAAAAGCAUGAAAGGCUCUCCUGACCUGAUUCCCACCCCAGAUUUGGACCCGAGCAGAGUUUGCAAAGGGAAAGGCGUGGUGACCCUAAGGGCCACUCUCGUCCACAUCGAUGAUGAGGACUGCAUCAGCGAUGAGCCAAACGUCAUCUCAACACCAAGUGGCUGGACAAGCCAGAUUAAUGGAGACAGCUCUAAAGCAGGACUGGCUGAGGGUGGCAGCAAUGACACAGCCGAUUUACCUCCUGUAAACAACACUCUGUGCCAGAACAAUUCAUCUGAGAGCAUAAAAGAAAAUCAAGCUCCGUUCUCCACUGACAUUCAGAACUCGGUGACAUCGACUCCCAGCUCUGUUUAUCCCUGCACCAGCAUAGUUAACCCCACCAUAGUCCUGCUACAACACAACAGAGACCCAACCCCAGAAAGGGACAAAAGCCCCGAAUCCAGAAGUGAAACUGUCAGUCCAGUCCCUGAAAUGGACGGGAAGAGGCAGCGGCUAUCACUGCACUCCCCUGUGCUGAGUCCUCUCAACAAGCCCAUUGUGCCUGUACGGAACACUGAAAAGUCCAAAGACUGGUAUAAGACAAUGUUCAAACAGAUUCACAAAAUACCUGAGCCUAUUGAGGAAAACCCUUACCGUCCCACCUACAUAUUCCCUGAGAGCUAUGAGAUUCAGGUGAAAUCGAAAGAUGAUGGUCCUACCCCCUUUGGUUACUUGGAAGAUGUGAGAGCAGUCCCACGCUCAAAAAGUGAGAAUGAGGUUGAUUCAAGAGGCUGCUCGAUGCCAGUGCCAAUGCGGUCGUCUUCCCUCAAACCCUCUGCCAAAAGGAAUGAGUGGGAGCCCCCAGAUAAAAAGGUAGACACCAGGAAGUACCGCGCCGAGCCCAAGAGCAUCUUUGAGUACGAGCCGGGGAAAUCAUCGGUGCUGAAGCUGGAGAGAACGACUCAGGAUGUAAGUCCAGAAGAUGUAGAUUUAGAGAAUGAGCCUUGGUAUAAAUUCUUUUCAGAGAUGGAGUUUGACAAAGCGAGUGCCCCCUCUUUCAGCCCCUUGGAAACAGCCUCCGACCUGCAGCAGUACUCCUCAAGCAAGUCUGGACACAGCGAGGUGGAGAAGGACAGAGGAUCAUCUACUGAUGAGCCUGUGGCUCCAGAAUGUGACCGUCAUGUUUACAAGAGUGUCCUAGAGGGCGGCGAUAUUCCCUUGCAAGGUCUACGGGCUCUAAACAAGCGCCCCGGCAGCUCCUCCUCCUCUAAAGUGGAUUAUAAAGGUGGGAAUGGCUAUAUAAUUUCACCCUGCUCCUCUGUAAAUAGUCGAUCGAGUCUUGCCAGUAAUGCAAUAGGUAACCAAUGUAAGAGUAAGAAGCCUCUAUCUGCUGCCAAAGCCUGCAUACCCCAAAUCCUGCCCUCUAAGUUUAAGCCCAAACUGCUGCCACCCUGUGGCAACAGUAAGGACAGCAGGACUAAAGAUGCCAGGCACCCGAAGGCCCACAGCUGUGAGGAUAUCUACACGGGGCAAUGUGACACAGACUGUGCUGAAGCGGAGGCCCAACAUUCAGAUUCUAGGUCCAGCUGUGGGAGUGAGUGUGGCGAUGGUCUCAGAAAUGUUUCCCCUGCAAUUAGGAGAAGCGCAUCAGAUUUUUCCAGCCUGUACAGGACCAUGCAUCACAUCCAGCGGCCCAGCUCGACCGGCUGCAGCCCACACGGCAGUGUCCGUAGCCUGACCUCGCUUUUUGAAAAACCAAAGGACAACGGGGAUGAGAGGUCAGAGGCAGAUGAUGGGGGUAGCAUUCCACGGGAUACUGUAUCCUCACGGGUCAACGAGUUUGAAAUGAUUAUCCAGCGCUCCACCUCGGCUCCCAGCCGCUCCUCCUCCUUGCCCAUCCUGCACUUUAGCCACAGCCACAGCCCCAGCCACAGCCCUGCCCACCUCUACAUGGCCUCUGCAGUGUCAGCAGAGUCCCUUUUAGUGGCCAACAACACGCAGGCUGAUGUCUGCAACCUGGACGAGCAGGAGGCCAAGAGCUCUGGGGAGGAGGACAUGUCACCAGAAAGUGUGAUGGUGGAGGAGGCUGCUUCGUCCACUGAGGACAGACAUGACAGCAGAACUGAAUCCCCCUGUAACACAGAAGCAGAAGUUGAACAAAUCCUGAGAGAAAUUUCCCCAGAACUAAAUCACCAAAACAUCAGUGAAUCAAAGAGCCCCUCAGUGAUGCUUACAGCAUCUCCUCCGCAACACAGCCAUCUCCACCACCACCACCACCACCACCUCCUGCACCACUUGAACAAUCAACUCCUCCUCAAACCCAGCAAAUGCAAAGGCUCUUGCCCAGCUUCCUACACCCGCUUUACCACUAUCCUCAGGCAUGAGAGGCAGCAGGCCACGAACCAGCAGGAGAAGCAGCCACCCACAGAGAAGAAGACCACACUACCUGGAAACCUCUUCCUCAUGGGCCCCGCUCCCUUCAGGUUACGGAAGAACCCACAGUCCCAUCAGACUCGGAGGAUGUUGUUAGCCACCAGGGUGCCAGCGGGCACCCAGAGGCCUAUCAGUCUCUCGCCUGAGCUCAGACCUUCCAUCCCUCAGCGUCUGUCCUCCCUGGAGGUUCUGGAGAGGCUGAGUAACGGAGAGGAAAACAACACUGGCUACCUGAGUAACGGGCAGGGCUUGGACGCCAACGGGAACCUACUGCAGCCGCUGGCAGCUCACCGCAGAGACUCCUCCCCAGCUCACGGAGAAAGCCAGGAUGAAGUUUUGAGGAGGCGUCAUGGGGACAAAGAGAAAAUCUUGGAGGAGCAGCGGCGGCUGAAGCGGGAACAGGAAGAGGCUGACACAGCAUCGAGGCGACACACGAGCAUUGUCCCCACACACCACCAGUUCAUCACCAACGAGCGCUUUGGAGACCUGCUUAACAUCACAGAUAACACAGAGAAAAGGAAAUCGGGCAUAGAGAAAACGCCCGCCAUGGCUCGCUUUGACUUCAGAGCAGAAACUCUAAAGGAGCUGCCAUUUCAGAAGGGAGACAUUGUGUACAUCAUUCGACAAGUUGAUCAGAACUGGUAUGAAGGUGAACAUCAUGGAAGAGUUGGUAUUUUCCCUCGAAGCUAUGUUGAGCUCCUCCCCCCCACAGAGAAAGCACAGCCAAAGAAAAGUGCCCCAGUGCAGGUGCUGGAAUAUGGAGAAGCUGUCGCCCGCUUUAACUUCACUGGGGACACAGUUGUGGAAAUGUCCUUCAGAAAGGGAGAGAGGAUUACACUGAUUCGCAGAGUUGACGAGAACUGGUAUGAGGGCAAAAUUUCAGGCACCAAUCGUCAAGGCAUUUUCCCCGUCACCUAUGUAGAAGUUCACAAACGACCACGGGUCAAAAACGGGGUGGAGUACCCGGAUCCACCUGUCAGCCAUUCACCUCAGCGCAGCACCAAUGCUUCACCACAGCUGUACCGUAAUCGUCUGACCACCUCCCCUCUGCCUCUCCCUCGCUCCCCCCGCCGCUCUGUGUCCCCUGAGGUCCAUGCUGUCUCCUCUGAGUGGAUCUCCCUGACUGUGGGAGGUGGGAGUCCCCCUGCGGCUCCCACUCCUCCGCUGCCACCACUGCCCACUGUGUCAUACCGUUGGGGCGAAUACCUGCCCCCACCUUUCUCUGCCAGCCCCGUGCCUCCCAUCACUGGCAGCCCAUACUGCGUCUCCCCCAUGGCCUCCCCAUCCGCCUCCCCUCUACCCCCGCCUUACCCACCCAGACCCAACUCGACCACCCCCUCCCUCACAUUUACCCCGCCUCAAGGGGAGGACUUCCUGCUCUCUCCUUCCUCCCCACAUGUGUCACGUAGUGUGAGCCCCAGCAGUGGGCCGGUGCUGGAGUGCUGGCUGAGGGGGGAGAAGGAAUUGACAGAGGGGGAAGGCGCAGAGGGGGACAGGGGCCGCGCAGGCCCGGGCAGCAGGCGAAAUAGCCCUGCAGAGUUUGUAAAAAAUGAGGCCGACCAUCAUGGACGAAGCACCAGAAGCCCUGUGAUGCUGUUUGAUAUCCAAGAUAACAACAAUGUUAACUCGUUUGCGCAACCCCAGUCACACAGCAGCAGCCCGGAGCCGAACCGUCUGAACUGUGGAAUAUUUCAGGCUUUGUACAGCUACGUGCCGCAAAACGACGACGAGCUGGAGCUGCAGGAGGGAGAUCUCGUCAGCGUCAUGGAGAAGUGCGAUGACGGCUGGUUCGUUGGUACAUCAAAGCGGACAAAACAGUUUGGGACUUUCCCGGGGAAUUACGUGAAGGAGGUGAAACUGUAAAGCUAUCUAAUCUGGCUGUAACACACGGUUGCCUGUCAAGCUUGGGAAGUCAUAACUACCGCGCAUGGCUGUUGGUUAGAAUAGUCAUUUAGCCGGGCGAAUAUUUUUAUCUGGGAAAGUGAUCAGAUCGGCUCCAGGUAUGUCAAACUGCACGAGGCGAAGACGGGGACAGCUCACUGCCCAAACACCUCCAUCACAUUUUACGCACGUCUCCACAGAAGUCAUCGGUCUCCAUACGUGGAAUUUCUCUGUGAAAGCCUCCUGCAAAUUAGCUUUUCGACGUACACGUAAUAGCUUUUAUUGUGUGUGUGUGUAAUUUUACAGUAUGCAAGAGUUUGCGUAGCACCUCAGUCUAGAGGCAGGCAGCAGAGCAGUGUAUGGAUAAAAGGAGUGGAUCUUAUUACCUGAACUGGACCUGGGGAGGCGUCAGAAUGUGUUUUGAUCUUUCAGGGCCAGAGGUGUUUAACACCGCUGGCAAAGUAUGAUGUAAAUCAGGUAUCGUGAAUGAAAUUGAUUCGAUUUAGCUACUUAAAGAAAACCUGUAAUAUGAUCAGAUCACUCUAUGACCCUGUUAACCAGACAGUUCCCUUAAAAAAACAGCUUAAAGUCAGUGCCCUUGGUACUCUAAAUACUUAAAGCCUUAUGUAAAAUGACCCUUUUUAAAAUAUUAAACUAUUUUCCUCCACAUUUUCUGAAUCAUCAGAAAAGUCAGUAUUUGCCUCACAGCAUUCACAACUCAUUGUAGCCCAAGUGUGUUACAUUGAAUACAGUAUUGUCUUCAUUCUCUAUCCAAAGGUUGCUACAGAGAAGUUAUUAACAGCCGUGUGCAUGAGUAGAAACUCUAAAAUGUUGAUGUGUGCUGCUGGCUUCUCUUUUUCUCAGUUUCCACUGCAAACACAUAUUACAGGACACGCAGAUUUUAUUGCAUGUGUCAUAAAAGUGAAACAAAAACUGUGUAUAUGCACAUCCUAUAUUUUGUAUAUUUUAAAACUGUGUUUGCUGAUUAUUGAUGCCUUUAAGGUAGCCGAUGGUAGACGCCUAGCUUCAGAGCAACCACAGGACAGGCGUGGUAGCACUUAACUUCCUGUUUGGUCAUUUAGGAAGAUCGCUCCUAACAGUGUAAUAGCACUGAUGACCUAAAACUCUUUCAAGUUUUAAGUCAAAGCCAACAAGGUGUCUUAGUAAAUAAUCAGUGAUUUUUUUUUAGAGCGUAUUGAGAUUUUAACUGUGCCCUUACUGACAUGAUUGUAUAUGUAAAUGCGUACAGAGAACUGUAUACGUACGGCUGCACAUUUUCAUUCAUAAUGACUACAGUUGUAAGGUCAGCAUUAAUACAGCAUGCACUAUAAGAUCAUUGAGAGACUGACAAAUCACACUGGAGCAUGAAACACUAUCAGCCAGCCAACACCCUAAUAAUUGCACUUUUAACUUAAAGAAAACAGAAGUAAUGACGCGGUGAACGCCGCUUUUUUGAGCCUUUAAUGGCCGAUAGCCGAUGGAAGAUUGCUUUGAUCUCCGCUACCAAAGCAUCAGAGCCGUCUUCCUGCAAAUACGGAGCGCCCACAUCUCCAGCGCCAUCAGAUCCGGUAACAUGUCAGAAUAGAUCCUACACACACAAACACACGAGCGCCCUCACAUCAUCAGCGUCUGCGCCGUGCAGAGCUUUCGGGUAGUGUGUCCAAAAAAACCCUUAGUGCUUGUUAUGACCUGCUCGGAGCAGCAGACUGGGGUAGUUCGUUGCGCAAUUGCUAAAGAAGUAUUUUUAUCUAAUCGUACUUUAUGUUGGGAAGAUUGAUGGUAGUGAGCAGUGGAACUCAGAGAAGCGCUGUCAUCACCUUCUUAUCCAAAAACUCAAAUUAAAGGGCCUACAGUGUAGCUGUUUAUGAACACACAAAAUCUGAAAGAUAAGCUGAAGUAUAGAAACAUAAGACAGAUAAGACUUAUUAGAUCUAGAAGCGUAUGUCGACAGUGUCUUUGUUUUUUGCACCAUGAUGUGUUAGCUACAGUUGUGCAUGUGGCCACCACGUAGGUCAUAUCUGAACUUUAUUAAUUGAUGAAGUACAUUCAUUUAAGCCAGGUCAGUACAAUCAGUGUUUCCUGUGAGAUUGGGUUUUUCUUCCUGUGCAGAUCACAACCGCUACUUUGCCAACAUCAGCAAAAGAAAUGUUUUCCCAGCGAGAUAUCACACGGAAUAUAUUACACUGCAGUGUGGGUUUGCCUUUUUAUCACACUGUUUUUAAUGUCCAGGCAUUUCAUUUUAUCACAAAAGCGUGUUUUGUUUUUUAUUUUACCUCCGCCUCUGUAACUCCAGCUCUUCAUGAAAGUGUUGAUUAGUCGGGAGUCUGCUGAGCUGUCGCCUUUCGAAAUAAAUCCUGUUGCGACGUAGAGAGGUUUGCUCCUUCUCAGACACACUGCACGAUGGGCAAAUAAUCACUCGUUUAGUGACAAAACAAUUGGCAAUAGAUUGUUUCUGUGAUUUUUGUCCGUAAAACGUCACGGGAUGUAUGAAUGUAUGAAUAUAUGAAUGUGUUGCAGGCAGUGUAAACAUGUAAAAAAAACAAAAAAACGUGUGAAACGUUAUUGAACAGUUCGGCAAAUGAAGGAUUGUAAAUAUGUAAAAUAAAAAAUAGACUGCGAGCAAUAGGAGCGUCAGAUUGAACUCUCUGUCACUUGCAGUGGUUUAUUUUGCCUGAAGGAUUUUUUUGUUUUGUUUUAUUGGCAAAGCACAGAGUGGAGCGUUACUGAGCACAGAAAGAUUAAACAUUACGCUGCCAUUUGUGAGGAUCAUGUUGCCUUAUGUUUGAAAAAUUGUGCCUCAUUUUCUUUUUUUUCAGUAUCACUGAAAUGUAUCCAUGACGUAUUUUGUGUAACCCUGAUUUUCCCCGUUUGUUCGAGUCUCUGUGACGGGAGAACAUUUACUAAGAACUUGUCUGUUACUGUACAAGAACCUAAAAGUGUGACAUAACGCUUCGACAUGAUUAACACUCAUGAAAAACGGACGCACAGCCUGCAACAGGUUUGGUUUGUUUGCUUCAAUUUGCAGUGCUGUUACAUUGACAAUAUUAAAAUAAAGAUACUAUACACUGCUGUGUUCGGUAUUAUGCAAUAUUUAAUAAACCAUUUAAACCAUU